UUUGAAAGAUAUUCACACGCGCGUGUUUAUACCCCACACGCACGAUGUCUAUAUCAUACACUAGCGUAAUAUUAAAACGAAGCAGAUUUGUAAUAUCUGAUAUCUGGUGAGGUUGCUGACCAAAGAGGCGAAAUUGGAAAAGGCGAAUGCAAAAUUGCCUCGAAGUAGCCCGCGAUAGCUUACGAUAAUGUGUUCUUCUAAAGAAGGCACCGUAGUCGUUGAGAAGCUUUCUUAUAAAGAUCUUUACCCGUACAACAUUAACGGGAAGGCAGAGACUCGCGCCUUUCUAUUGAAAGUCGUUAGUAUUUUACUCGACUACGUCGACGAGGAGAAUGACCGAACGUCAAAAAUUUUAGAUUUUAAGAUGCCCGAGGAACUCGAGCAGAUCCUUGACCUCAAUUUGCCUGACAAGGGCCUACCGCUUGGAGAUCUCCUUAAGGAUUGUCGUUCUACGCUUAAAUGGCAGGUGAAGACUGGUCACCCACACUUCUUCAAUCAGCUCUCAUCAGGACUCGACAUAGUGUCACUUGCGGGCGAGUGGCUCACAUCUGUUGCCAACACGAACAUGUUCACGUAUGAAAUUGCACCCGUUUUCAUCUUGAUGGAGAAUGUUGUACUCAAGAAGAUGCGCGAGUAUCUCGGAUUUGUUCACGGGGACUCAAUCCUUGCACCCGGGGGUUCGAUCUCCAACAUGUAUGCCGUUAUGGGAGCACGUCACAAGAUGUUCCCGAACUACAAGAAGCUUGGUCUGAAGGCACUUCCCCAACUCGUCAUGUAUACUUCAGUAGAUAGUCACUAUUCUGCAAUGGGUGCGGCAGCGUCGUGCGGCCUGGGCACGGAUAACGUUAUUCAAAUUGGCACGGAUUCAAUGGGUCGCAUGCGAGUUGACAAGCUCGAAGAGGCUGUUCUGGCUACAAAGGCGAAAGGACACGUCCCGUUUUUCGUUAAUUGCACAUGCGGAACGACUGUCGUCGGUGCCUUCGAUCCAAUCAAUCCAAUCGCCGAUCUUUGCCAGAAAUACGGCAUGUGGCUACAUAUCGAUGCUGCGUGGGGAGGGGGUGUCCUCCUAUCGAAAAAGCAUCGCCAUUUGAUGGCUGGGGUAGAGCGAGCCAACUCUGUCACUUGGAAUCCUCACAAGCUAAUGGGUACUCACCUGCAGUGUUCAACGAUCCACUUCCGCCAAGACGGUAUCUUACUGGGCUGUAAUCAGAUGUGCGCAGAAUACCUGUUCCAACAAGAUAAGCACUACGACGUGUCGUUUGAUACGGGUGAUAAAGUGCCGCAAUGUGGACGUCGCAAUGACAUCUUUAAAUUAUGGCUUAUGUGGCGCGCUAAAGGCACCGAAGGCUUUGAAGCUCACAUUGAUCAACUGUUCGAUAUUUCCCAGUAUCUGGUGAAGCGUAUUAAAGAAAUGCCGGAGAAGUUCCACCUGAUUCAAGAGCCUGAGAUGGUUAACGUGCUGUUCUGGUAUAUUCCCCAAAGGUUAAGGGACCAACCCCAGAGCAAAGAGCGAAUUGCCGAACUCGGAAGGAUAACUGCCCAGCUGAAGGCCCGUAUGAUGAAUACAGGAACCCUAAUGAUCACAUAUCAACCCCUGAGAGAGUUGCCGAAUUUCUUCCGAAACAUUGUCUCAAAUUCCGCCGUUACAAAAGAUGAUAUUGACUUCCUGCUGGCCGAAAUGGACCGUCUUGGCAACGACCUCUAAACUAGUUGUUUCCCGGGGAAUUUACACGCUGGUGACCCGGAGUUAUCGCGCGUGCUUCGUGCUGUUGUGACUAUGCGUAUGGAAGGAGAAAGAAUCCCCUUAACAGUUUAGUUCCGAUAAGCUCAAAAACGUUGAGGUUUGAAACGUAUGGGUAUUGGGAUCUCUGUCGUCAGAAGUGAUGCACGCACGCUGUUGUUUCGUGUUGUGGAUGCUGCACGCGGUAAUUCGGAAUUGGCGGUGUGAAGAAAACUCCUAAUCUGAGUUCCAGUUCCAAAUUUAACCUAUCAUUCGUAGACUACGCAGAAAGAGACAUGAGGUUCGGUUGGUUACCUACAAAGCAGAUGCAAAUUUUUUUAAUAGCAAAAUUCACAAAGAGCUUAAAUAUAAUGGUUGAAUAAAUAAUACGGUACCGAUUCUUUAUUAUUAUUAUAUUAGAGAAAAAGAGAAUGGUGUGAAGUGUGCGGCAAUGCAGACAGCGGUGGCGGCUAUAGCCCGUUUCGCUUAGUACCGAGUCGUAAGAAUAGUUGUAGCUCCGAAAUGAAACUGGAUUACAAAUGGCCAGAAGGCUGUGACAAAGAGAAACAAAAGGGUGAAUGAAGUGACCGAACGAACGAGGAAAUGAAAACAAAAAGAACCACUAUAGCAGACCCGAGGGGCUUAGAGAUUUUAGACCAAUCGGAGCGUAGUCGAUAGAAGCUUGACGCUCGAGAUUCUUCAGUGGCAGACGCCCAGCGCGCCACAUCCCAUCUCCGACACCGCCUGUCUUUCAACAGCGCCAAGCUGCGCACUUCACGGGGCGUCAGAGUAUUUCUGACAGCCGCAAACGGAUAGUUUGUAUAGAAGCAGGGCCACAACUUUGGUGCUGAUCGUCAUUUAGUUGCCGAAGUUAUUCGGUUAAUAAAAACGACGUUGUGGAAAAUCUCAUCUUACUUAACGUACUAUAGGGCAUGUCGCAGCGUCCGAAUUACUGGAAAAGUGGCAAAUUGAAGUUAACUGCAAUAUGCCAUACAAAAAUCCAGAGCUGAAACACACAGAUUUUCACACGGAAAACUCGUAGGACGGCACCGAUAAAUCGGUUUAGUUGUUUAUGGAUAGAAAUUUUCGGUAAAAGCGGAUUAUAUCGGUGCACUAUUAACAGUGAACUAUACAGUAAUUAUUAUAGAGGAACGCUGUCGCACCCGAAAGCUGUCGUCUCUUGCCGCGCAUCAUCCACCUUUCGAAUCACACAAUCAGCCUCCAUGUGGGACCAACCGGGGCUCUUCGAACUCUGGGGCUAUGAAAGAACGUAUCGUUACAAAUGAAAUAGGCUUCCUACUGUCGAAAUAUUGUCAUUCGAUAUAAGUAGGCCGUUCUGGCAAAACUAGUUGCGAAGAGGCGUAGUAAAAAAAUCUACCUGUUAAGCGAAACUAAGUACGUGGAGAGCAAGCCUCCCUGACUAAUAAACUCUGCUUGUUGAGGUCAGAGUUCAAUUUCUGAGUUACUCAUUAUCCGCCGGGUGAUGACGAUUGACAAACGUAGUCACCUAUACAAGCAAAUGAUGCUCCCGAUGUAACUAUAAUUUUCAGAUUAUCAAUCGAAAUUCGUCAGCCGAACAUUAUGGCAUCAUACAAAUAACGAACUACUUCAAUAAUAUGAAGUCAUUAUUAGACUAACAAUAAAAAGAGUGGGAAAAAAA